AUGAUGUUACCAGAAGCAUGUGUGGCGAACAUCCUCUCCUUCACAACUCCUGCGGAUAUAUUCUCUUCGGCCUCUGUCUCCUCUGUUUUCCGCGUAGCCGGAGACUCAGAUUUUGUCUGGGAGAAGUUUCUACCAUCCGAGUACAACCGCAUCAUCUCUAGCUCGACUCAUCAGAGCUUCUCCUCCAAAAAGGAGCUCUAUCGUUGUCUCUGUGAAUCAGUUAUCAUCGAUAAUGGCAGAAAGAUAUUCAAGAUCGAGAAGCUAACUGGGAAGAUAACGUAUGUUUUGUCCGCAAGAGAUCUUUCCAUAACUUGGAGCGAUCAACGACACUACUGGUCUUGGAGCCAUCGAUCAGAUUCAAGAUUUUCGGAAGGGGCCAGGCUUAUAAUGACGGAUUGGUUAGAAAUCAAAGGAAAAAUCCAAACAGGAGUUUUGUCUCCGAGCACGAGCUACCGAGCUUAUCUGAUUAUGAAAGUGACGGAACGAGCAUAUGGACUAGACUUGGUUCCGGCCGAGACUUGGAUAAAAGUGGGAAAUGGUGAGAAGAAUAUAAAGGCAAGUUACUUAAGUUGCUUGGAUAACAAGAAACAUCAAAUCGCAAAGAAGGACGAGAUUACCCGAUCUCAUCGUAGAGAGCCGGAGAUGAGAGAAGAUGGGUGGAUGGAGAUAGAGCUGGGAGAGUUCGAGACAGGACGAGUAGGUGAAGCGGAAGAGGAGGUUGUGAUGAGUCUAACGGAAGUGAAAGGGUAUCAGUUGAAGGGUGGGAUUGUAAUUAAUGGGAUUGAAGUCAGACCUAAACUUCAAAAGUGA